AUGCCAUGGUUCUCCGAGCACGGCUGGCUGACCCGGAAGCCUAGGAGACGAGAGCCCGCCCGGGCCCCCGCGCUCACCCGCCCCCGCCCCGCGCCGGCCGGGCCCCCGCGCUCACCCGCCCUCCUCCCCGAGCCGCCCGGGACCCCGCGCUCACCCGCCCUCCUCCCCGCGCCGGCCGGCCCCCGCGCUCACCCGCCCCCGCCCCGCGCCGGCCGGGCCCCCGCGCUCACCCGCCCUCCUCCCCGCGCCCCGCGCCGGCCGGGCCCCCGCGCUCACCCGCCCUCCUCCCCGCGCCGGCCGGCCCCCGCGCUCACCCGCCCCCGCCCCGCGCCGGCCGGGCCCCCGCGCUCACCCGCCCUCCUCCCCGCGCCCCGCGCCGGCCGGGCCCCCGCGCUCACCCGCCCUCCUCCCCGCGCCGGCCGGCCCCCGCGCUCACCCGCCCCCGCCCCGCGCCGGCCGGGCCCCCGCGCUCACCCGCCCUCCUCCCCGCGCCCCGCGCCGGCCGGGCCCCCGCGCUCACCCGCCCUCCUCCCUGCGCCCCGCGCCGGCCGGGGCCCCGCGCUCACCCGCCCCCGUCCCGCGCCGGCCGGGGCCCCGCGCUCACCCGCCCACGUCCCGCGCCGGCCGGGGCCCCGCGCUCACCCGCCCACGUCCCGCGCCGGCCGGGCCCCCGCGCUCACCCGCCCUCCUCCCCGCGCCCCGCGCCGGCCGGGCCCCCGCGCUCACCCGCACGGACAGAAGCAGAAGCAGCCCCAGACGCAGGAGCAUGGCCGGCCGCACGGGAGCAAGUGCAGCAGCAAUGUGUCGCCCUGGAGGUCACGAGCCGUGGUGAAGGUGUCCACCGGCCGCCGGCGAGCUGACCCGAGCCGGGGGCCCCGGCGUCACCCUCCGCCUCCCCCACUGAAUGAGGGACCCCAGUCGUGUGGGGAAAGUGAGGCAGGGUAG